AUGGACAGCGGCGGCGGGCGGCCAUCUCUUCCGUCGGCGGCGGCCGCGGGCACCUCCGGCGCGGACGAACCUCGCGACGCGCGGGUGAUUCGGGAGCUCCUCCGGUCGAUGGGGCUCAGCGAGGGCGAGUACGAGCCGCGCGUCGUGCACCAGUUCCUGGACCUGGCCUACCGCUACGUCGGCGACGUGCUUGGCGAUGCCCAGGUCUACGCCGACCACGCGGGCAAGGUCCAGCUCGACGCCGACGACGUUCGCCUCGCCAUCCAGGCCAAGGUCAACUUCUCCUUCUCGCAGCCGCCGCCCCGCGAGGUUCUACUUGAGUUGGCACGGAGCCGAAACAAAAUCCCACUGCCCAAGUCUAUUGCUCCACCUGGCUCGAUUCCUCUGCCGCCUGAGCAGGACACUUUGUUGAGCCAAAACUACCAACUCCUACCCCCAUUGAAGCCGCCAACUCAGGUUGAGGAAACAGAAGAUGACAACGAGGAAGCGAACGCAACACCUUCCAAUCCCAAUCCAAGCUAUUCGCAAGAACAGAGGGUUAACGAGCAACAUCAGCCUCUGCCACAUACCCAGAGCCAGAGGGUUUCUUUCCAACUGAACGCUGUAGCUGCCGCAGCUGCAAAGCGUCCUCGAAUGACAAUUGAUCAGUUGAACAUGGGCUAACCGGACAAUGAUUGCCGGGAUCGCUCUUUCUGGCUACGCCCUCCUAUUUCACCAAGGAAAUGCUGAUGCUUCAGGAAAGGAGCCGCCUUACAAGUAGUGUAUGUUGUAGCUGCGCACGUGAAGUUAAUUAGUUUUUUUUUUCAUUAUUGUAAACUUGUUUACUUUGUAUAUUAUGUAUCCCUGUUGAACUUGGACUGUGCCCUUGUUGUUUUUGAAUACUCGAUCACAGUGUUCCUACUGUGUGACGUUGCGACACAAACAAUUGAUAUACUGCGUAUCUUAUUUGCUUUGAUUGGGCUUAACAUGCAUUUUUUUUCUUCUUU